CUGAGCGGAAACAAACAAAAAAAAAACCCAACCCAACGAUGUGUUUUUUCAUGGCUUGUUCUGUCCCCUGCUGUGCACGGUUCACAUCUGCGCUUCCUCCCUUGAACUAUAGGGAUGCCUUUUUAUUUAAAUGAGGAGGAGCAGGAUGGAUAUUCUUCGGCCCACCCUGAUAAGGAUUGGGGGGCGAGUAUACAGGAAGAAUUUCAUUCAAGAGCAGGUCUACCAGCAGGAGGAGGAUGAGGAUUUCUAUGCAGGUCCUGGUGACUGCACAGAUGAACCCUGUGAUGCCUUUGUGGUGGAAGAGACUGAGAAAGGUUUUCAGUGCAGAGUGGAGGUUCCCAGCCCAUUAUACAAGUACAUCAUUGGGAAGAAAGGGGAGACCAAGAAAAGACUAGAAACAGAGACUCGAACCUCCAUCAGCAUUCCCAAGCCUGGAGUGGAAGGAGAAAUUGUGAUUACAGGGCAGCAUCGCAGCGGUGUCAUCUCUGCCCGAACGCGGAUUGAUGUUCUCCUGGACAGCUUCCGUAAGAAGCAGCCCUUCACACAUUUCCUGUCCUUCGCUCUCAACCAGCCUGCCAUCCAGGAGAAGUUCCUGCAGUUCAAGGAGGAAGUGUUGGAGAAAUGCUCAAAGGAUCACGGGGUCAGCAGCAGCCUGUUCCAGAACCCUGCAAAGCUUCACCUGACUCUUGGGACACUGGUACUUCUGAACGAACAAGAGAUCCAGAAAGCAUGUGACCUCCUACAGCGAUGCAAAGAGGACUUUGUGGACCAAAUUGCUGGAGGCAAGCCCCUAACUGUGGAAGUGGCAGGAGUGGAGUACAUGAACGAUGACCCUGCCACGACGGACGUCCUUUAUGCCAAAGUCCACAUGAAGGAUGGCUCGGACCGAUUGCAGGUGAUCGCUGAUCAACUGGUGGAGCGGUUUGUGGCCUCUGGCCUGAUGCUUAAAGAAUGGGAUAGAGUGAAACUGCAUGCUACAGUCAUGAACACUCUCUUCAGGAAAGAUCCAAGUGCUGAAGAGCGAAACAAUGUAAUGACCGGUAAAUCAUCUUUCAAGGAGCGGGAGUCAUUUAAUGGCCGAAAUAUCCUCAAGGGGAUAACAGCACUGUGGCAUGCUGAUUUCUCACAGAAAACAACCUCCCAUCCCUCUCAGCUUUCCGAGUUCAUUCUUUCAUUCACCGCUGCUCCCGAUCAGGACACGCCAGGGGUAGCAUCUGCCGCUGGGUGAGCUGGUGACUGUUGUCACUGCGUGCAGGGAAGAUGAAGCUGUACAGCCUGCGGCUCCUCUGAAGCUUGACUUUAAUCUCCUGGUUUGAGCUCUCUCCACAUGACUGUCUGCUGCUGGACCCUGAUCCCUGGCGCAAUCUUGCAUGGCCACAGCACAUCCUCCUGCGCAUGUUCUCCCAUGGAGGCAGAGACAAGUGGUACUCAACCUCUUUGCGGGCCUUCCUGGAAGGGAUCUUUUGGUGGAUAAACACCUUCAACCUGGAUGAAACGGAGGAGGAGGGAUUGCUGCUGUGCCCUCCUCAGCGUACCAUGCAGUAGGAAUGACCGUGAGCUCAUCUGCAGCCACAGGUUCCCGGAGCUGCAAGCUGCUUCCUUCUCACAUCUCAGAAGUUGCGAAUUUCUGUGCUCGUUCCAGAUACUGAAAACGGGACACCCCCUCAGCUCCCUGCUGAGGGCAGCUGGGUUUCUUAGGCUGAUUGGUCACAGGCUAAUGACAUUACAUGCCUCUGCUCGCCCGCAGCGCUGAUUCACCGGGGACAGUUUUGUACUGUUAAUCUAUAAUACCCCUACCCUAAGGCACUGCUUUCUGUGGCUUGAGUUCACAACAAAGCAAGCUCCCCGCAGACUAGGGGGGGGGGGGGUGUGCGCGCGUAUGCAUUUUAUCCUGUGAUAAUGCUGCUCUUUGGUGGUAGUUUUUAAUUGCAAGGCAUUGCAGUGAAUCGUUGUUCCCUUGGCAUUUCUGAGUACUGAGGCUCUCGGCAGAGCUGCUUGGACUUUUAUUAAUUCAGGAUGGGUCCUUUUUGGCUGACUACUGUAGACGAUGUAAGGCUUUAAAAACUGAUCAAUAAUCCUGAUGGUAGCAGGAAAAUCCAGGCCAGGCAGCAUGAGCGCAAGCCAGAGAUUACGUGAAAGAAGUUUUAAAUACCUCUUGCUCCCUUCCCUUGUCUGGACUUAUUUUGUCCUCCUGCUGCCCAGUGCCUCUCCAGGCGAAUCCAUUAAUAUUUCUCAUGCUUGUUGAGCCCGUGACAGGUGAUUUAAAAGCACCAGUUUGUGUUGGCAUCUCUGCUCUUCAUAACCGGAGCUGAAAUGCGUUGCUGCUGUCCUUACAUGGAUUAGUGCCAUGAUUUAUUACUGUUGUUUCCAGGUUUGAACACAAAGGUGCUGUCUCAUUCUAGGAGGGUUGUCUGCGGGAAGCGAGCCCCCAAGGUUGGUUGCUUGACAAAUACUCACACUCAGGAACACAGCAUCAUUUAGACAUAUGUUUUAACUGCUUCAUUGAGGAAUUGCCCUCCUUUGCAUUUGUUUCUACAGUGCUUCAGUAAAACCUCCUUUACAGGCUUAAGGCAAAAGGGGGGGAAAAUUGCAGAAAAGAGGCAUCCUGAUUUCGAUCUGUUGCUCUGCCUUUGAUAAGGAAGUUGUGUUUUGGAGGCUGAAGUUUGUACUGACAUGUUUGGCUUUGGUUUGCAAAGAGCGAGCAGUUUGAUGUGUGAAUCUUUCUCUCCCAAAACAAGUCUUCAGUUUCUGUUUUCCUUCAGAAGAUGAUUGUCGCACCCCAAGGGAGCCCUGCUGUGUAAUUUGUGGGUAAUAGAGGGGAACGGACCUCGGAGGAAGAAGGGUUUCCAACAGCUGGACAGAAUUGUCUUAAAUGAGAGAAAUUGGGGUGUUAGAAAUGACAGGCAUGCUGCCGGCUUUCCUGGCUCAGAAUAAAUGACUUUGGGGGAGAAAUGGAGAAAAGCUUGUUUUCUGGGAGCUACCGCAGAGCUGCCUGCUUUUCAUCGUUACUGCGCAUUUGUGUCCUUGGACCCAGACCCCCAGAAGGGAGAGGGAGAUGGAGGAGCACUUGCAUAUGUGAGCCUAUGGUAGUUUGCAAGCUGACAUGUCAAAUGUGGGUUAUCCAUGGACCAGUAUACUCCUCUCUCUCGGGGGCUCAUGACUUUUGGGGCAGGCGGUGCAGCUACAGUCCCUUCAUCCCCUGCAGGUCCUAGGAUGCUGCUCCUGGAAGGAUGCUGUGCUGCUCUUUAGACACCCACUUCUUCCCCAUGGAAGAUGCCGUGUCCUUCUAGGCAUCCUCGCUGAGUGGUUUCUGAGCCUUUGGCUGUGGUUUGAAAGGCAGGACACAUCUCUGGCACAUUUGCUUAGAGGUGCUGGGUCUGGGGUUAAAAGUUAACAAUGCUCUUUCCUUAUUUCAUUCUAAUUUAAUUUGGGAAGGCAGCAGGGAGACAGAGGGCACUUAGUCUCGUAAGUGCUGUUCCCUUGAUGGGAGUUAGUAGCUUGCAUGACGUGUGUGGUGUUGACUUCGUAAGCUGACCUUUACCUCCAUUGGGUUCAUUUUCAUUUAUAAUAAUAAAAAAAAAAAUCCCAACCUCUUAUUUAUUCUUCAGGCAGUAAGGACAUAAAUCCUUCAGCAUGUUUGGAUUUAUAGAAUUACUGUGCUUUUGCUGAGCCUCACGUCCCACUCCACUCAAAUGACAUGGCUUUUGAUAACACUGCGAGUGAUUGCAUUUUUUCUUCCCCACCUCCUUCCUAGUUCCUGAUCCAUGCCUCCUCAUGCUCCCUGCAGCCUUUUUGAGGAAAGGUAGGCCCUUGGCACCCAUGGGAAGGGACAGGAGGGAGACUAGGCAAGUCUUAGGGUUAUCAGCAUUUGUGCAUGAAGCGUAACAGUCUCCAGGUAUCUUCUUUCCUGGCCUGUAAUAAAAAAUGCUAAAAUGCUUUUAUAAGAGGCAUUUCACCAGCAGAGCAUUUUCGUGGUGGCUGUGGAGAGGGGGGAGAUAUAAAUAUCUUUCUUGGCUCUGCUUGGCUUCUCCCCAAGAUAAAUAGAAGUGAAAGUCAAAAGCAGACUUGGCCUUCUGAAAUCUCUUCCCAAGCCCCUGGGGACCCGAGCUUGUGAUGCUUUUGUGAUGGGAAGCCAGUUCCCGGUGUUUCAGGGGUCUCAGAGGAUGAUGUUUGAGGGGCCUCCCUCCCCACUGCCCGAGGCAGAUCUUGGCCUUACAGUGGCUCAGCUGCUAUCCCCACACCUGGUGUCCAGUGGCUUCUGUUGCGGGAAGCCUCAGGGAGCAAAGAAGCAUCAGUGUGAAGCUGGCUUGAAACAAGAGCAGAAAAAAGUGUCUGUCGUUGUCCCCUAAAUCCUGUAGCAUGUUUACUCUCAGAAACUACAGCUGCAUAUACCAAAAAUCAAUAGUUAUAGCAGUGUUCUCCCUGGGAAACACACACACGCUUGGACACACGAGAGGUGGUAGGUCUUAAAAAAGCCAAGGGAAUACAAAGUGCUUUGGUCCAAGGAUUUUGCUUUGCUCAUAGUAGUGUACAAAUGGAGGGCCCUUGACCUGGGCAGCAUCUUCUGGGACUUUGUCUUUCUGAUCUGAUGUGUCUGAGGCUGUGCUAGGCAAGAAGGGCUGGGGGGAGCAUUUGUCUCAUUAACUAAUUUUUGCUUUGACGUACAUGUGUUUUGUAAGAAAAACAGGUUGUGGUGUGCAGAGAUAAUAUAAACAAGUAUUUGAAAGACUCUUUCCUUUGGCCAUUUUUGGUAAAAAGUUUGACAUCCAGGGCUGCUGAUGAGAUCAGCGCAUCCCAGCAUUUUGUUGGUUUUCUUCAUGUUUGCGAAGACUUGAUUGUACAGAAAUAAAUGCAUCUUAUCCCCCUUCUCUUUUAAUAAAAUCCUUUUCAAAUCCUGGUACCUCCUUGCUUACCAGUGCACCUACCACUCCCUCCAUUCGGAAUGGAGAGAAAUUAUUUCCAUUUUUGCUGGGUGGAGAGUGCUCUGUGAAGGAAGGGAGUGUCCAUAUGAAUGACCAUUUUGACAGAGACGGGUGUUACGGUUUGGAGUGAGUGGGCCUGCUGGUGGCAAGCACUGCAGCAAGCCCUGGAGAGCUGGGAGUCAUCCUUCCUUCUCAGAUCAGCCAAAACAAGAAGAGAAAGGAGACCAGCCCCUUUUUACUACCAUCUCUUAUUAAUGAGACAUUUUAUCCCAAGUCCUCUAACAUGAACUACACAGGCUUUUGGGAACAUAAUUAAUCUUUAAUUAUAUAAAUCUUUAAUUGUAUAAAAUGGCGUUUGUAUGACUGUAGUCAUUUCUCUGUUCUCUUCUCCUCUCCCUGUUUGAGAUGCUCCCUUAGCACAACUUCUUUUCAACAAGGUCCCCGCUUCAGGGCACCGGCUGCAUGGAGCCACUCACACAGUGUUCCUUAAAGCCAGGCUUCUGCACCAGGGGCUCUUGCUGGGAUGGGGACCUGCAUGACCUCUGUGGUGGGGUGCCUGGCUCCUGCCCGGUAUGCGCUCAGAAGAACUGGCAGCAAGCUGCAGCUUAAUAAGAGUCUGAGUGAUUAGCAGCAAAUUACUUUGGGCUCUGUGCAAAGUAAGUCAUUGUGCCGGGGUCUUAAGAGACGAGUGUCACCCCAAAGGCAGGAUGAGCUGCAGGAAGGUGCAGGCGAGCCUCUCCUUGGUGGGCACGCUAUGACUAGAUGAUCCAGUGCAGAAACUCAGCUCUUCACGGCAUUUGUGCUAAUCCAAAUGCCUUUUGCCGAAGCAGCUUGGGGGUUGGCUGCCCUUGCUGCCACACAGGCAGGUCCAGGGAGGAGGAGGUAGUCGCUGGCAGGUGGGCCGCUGGCAGCAGGCACUCUGCAGCAUGUCUGACUGCAGCUGCAGCCAUUUCAAACUGAAGCAGGGGCUUAGCAAUCACUGGGAGCUGGCUCGGCACACAUAAAUACCCCUUCUCUUCGGAGAUGCCGUUCUGACUGUUGUGUGUCAGUAAGGAAUUGCUGGCCUCAGCCAAAUCCUGAGUGGAGAGCUGUCUGGGUGAGCUGGCAGUCUGGAGAAGGGGCUGGAUUCACCGUGGUGCCUGGCAUCUGGUCAGUGGCCUAUGUACCUUGGUUGUGCUCCCUGGCCGAAGCACUGCUCGCUCUGCUUUGAAGACUGGCAGGGAAUGGCCUUCCCUAAAACACUUCACCUGUGUGGAGGAGUGACAGCAAAACCAGGAAUUGUCCUGAAAGAAACCUAGCUGGUCCCCUUGUGAAAAAGGGGUAUUUGCAAAGUAGAAUACCCUUGGGAGCACCAACAAAAGAGCAGUCGCAGUGGUGCCUAAAUCAGUGCCAAGCAGAGCCAAGUGCCUUUUUGGAGGUGAAGUGCAGCCUUUCAGAUGCCAACUAGGUGUUUGGGGUUUUCAUAAUUUGCUGUUUGGGGGAAUUGGUGCAUCUUUGGCUCUAGGAGAAUGUGUUGUAAUUAAUGCUUCAGCUUUCAUUGCCUGUUAUCAUUGAUGCCUUCUGUAAUGGCAGGAAGGGGUGUGCGACUGUCAUGAGCCAGUGCCUGCAGGGGCAGGUAGAAAGUUCAAUAGGAGGCAGAUGGAAUGGACAUUCUGAAGAUCUUGGCGGUGGGGAGGUGUCACUGCUAAGGCCCUUGGUGACUCACAGCAAUCCAUUUGAGCAGAGUUUUGAAAUUAGCAUUUCCACUGAAAAGCUUUUCCUAAGGCAUGACUGAUGUUUCCAGGUAGAGCAAUUUCCUGUGUCUUAAUGGAACAGGAGGAGCACUUUACGCUUGGACGUGAUGCCUUUCCAGCAAUAUUGCUGAAUUUCCCUCUAAGAAAUUCUGAUGUCAUUUUUUUGGUCUGCUUCAUAGCUUGGAUUAAUCAGCAGAGACACGCCCUCCAGGUCCCAGAGUUGGCUUGCUUUCAUUAAUUUGCACUCAAGUCUUUGCUGAACAAAGAAGGAUUUAUUGAACAAAGCGGGGUCAGUGCUGGGAUGAAGAGCCUUGCACCUCUAGCCUGCUAGUUUGAAUUAGGACUGAGCCAUAACUAUGAAGUCGUACAUCCUCUGGCCUGGGUUGGUAAAAAAUGUCCUGGGCCUCAGUCCUUGCUCCUGCGGAGCCUGCGACUUUAGGAGCCACCCAGGGGUGGUGGCCUUCAGGGCAGUGAAUAGCCUCCCCAAGCUCCCUAAACGAGACAUAGUCAGAAAGGAGGGUACAGGAGGUUUGAGCAACUGCUGCUGUAGAUAAGAAGAGGUGUUCAUUUCAUACCCUGUUUGCUUUGAAGGUUAAGUGCAGUCUCCAGGGGGAAAAAUAAUUUAAAGAAUAGUUUCAUUAAAGGUAAAGCAAGUCCACGAGUGGAGGCUGUUUGCAGGGCCAGCUCUUGCAAGAGAUUUGUGGAUCAGCUGCAGGCUGCAUUUCUCUAGGUGUCCCUCAAAUGUUUUUUCUCCUCUC